AUGAAAGCGUUGGUGUUCCUUCUAGUGAUACAACAAAUGAGCUCUUUUCUUAUACCUAAGGAAGAAAAUAUAGCCAUGAAGAACCAGUGUCUACAGCCCCCCACCAUUGAUUACUUCAAUAAGUUCAAGUCUAUUGGUGGACGACAAGUACUUGGGAACGAAUUUCCAUGUGGUGUUCAAAUUUCACGUCGCCACAUACUGACUGCUGCACAUUGUGUGAUUAAGUUCGAUAGCAAUGAAUACAAAAAAGUGUGCGAAACACAGGAUUACUAUGAGAAACGUGAUCUACUGAGCCUUGAUAACUUUUAUAUAUAUGUCGGUAGCCGCUGCAAUCAUCCUGUAAUGUGCCAGUAUGCAUACAGUCCUCAGAAGAUUCACACACACAAACAGUGGGGAAAAUGCGAUGGGUCUCUGGAUUUGGCUAUCGUCGAAUUGGAUGGGGAUGCUGACCCUCAUGAGACACACCCGAUUUGUAUGCCUAGCAAGGAUACGCCACUAUCAAAAUUCUUAAGAGCUGCUGGAAUCGGAUUGGACACCACUUCUCCAUUUGGUUUGUAUUCCCGAGGUCUCCAAGUAAUUUCUGUCGCUCUGAACACCACGAAAUCGAACGAUGACCUCAUUCGGACAUGGAGCUCCACCGCAUCCCUUUGUUCGGGUGACAGCGGAGGUCCACUCUUCCAACACAAUUCAGCAGGAAAAGACGUGCUUAUGGGGAUAGCAUCCACAGCGACAAGAUGUGAACUUCGCCUGCUAACAAGAAGAAGUUACUUUGUGGAUGUUCGCAACCAGCUUGAGUGGAUUUGCGAAGUAACAGGUGUUUGCUCUUUGUAA